AUAUGUUUUGGUAUUGGAUAAUUCCUAAUCAUAUGAAAAAUCGAAACCACAAUUCCCGAGGUCUUAUCAAUGUUCGGGAUCAUCUUAAAAUUAGUUACAAUAUAGGCACAUUACUUAAAAAAAGAAUUGAAAACCCUAGUACG